AUGCUCGCCCUGCGCGGCGCGCGCCUCGCGGCGGCGGCGGCCCCCCGGGGCGGCGCGCUCCAGCGCGCGGCGGCGGCGCCGCGCUGCUCCCUCUCGACGACGACGGGAAAGGCCUGGGAGCCGCCAAAGGCCAAGGUGGCGCCGUCGUCGAAGCGGCUCGACGCCAUCAGCGCGUCGAUUUUCGGGACCCUGCCGUCGACGAACGUGCGGAGCGGCAACAAGGUCCUCCGGAAGAAGUUGAAGGGCCCGCUCCUCGCGGACUACUACUUCGACCAGAGCGGCGUCGACAUCGACGUCGUCGGCCGCGAGAUCCUCUCGGGCUGGAUGAACGACCGCGAGGCGCGCCGCAAGAACCAGCUCGAGAUCCUGCGACGACGAGGCAAGGGCCCGCCGAAGAAGGGCAUGGGCAAGCGGUCGGGGAAAAAGUAG